AUGCGCACAAUCCUCUUUGCCGCCGCACUACCGACGAUCAGCUUGCUCCAGCCUGUCCGUCUCGUAGCCGCAUCUGCCCGCUUCCAUCAAGCUCACUUUGCAAGCAUGUCAGCCUCACCUCAGUCGAGUCCCAAGCCGGCGAGCUUCUACGAUUGUGUCGUGAAGAUGCCUGGGGGUAAAGAGCUCAGCAUGGCAGACUACAGAGGCAAGGUCGUCCUCGUUGUCAAUACCGCAAGCGCAUGUGGCUUCACGCCCCAGUACACCGCUCUGCAGCAUCUCUACUCAAAGUACAAAGAUCAGGGUCUCGUCAUCAUCGGCCAACCCUCGAACGAGUUCGGCGGCCAGAAUCCAGAGGGAGACGACGGAGAGAAGGGCACCGCAGCGCUCUGUCAGCGCAACUACGGCGUCGACUUUCCCAUCGCAGCCAAGGGCACCGUCAACGGAUCGGGCGCAGUCCCGCUCUUCGCUUUCCUCAAGUCACAAAAGAAGAGCCUCGCGCUCGAGCGAAUCAAAUGGAACUUUGAGAAGUUUCUCAUCCGCAAGGACGGCGAAGUAGCAGCGCGUUAUACCAGCAUCACAAAGCCCGAGUCACUCGAGCCAGAGAUCAUCAAGCUUCUCGCAGAAUGA